ACUUAUCAUUAGAUAUGGCCACCGUUAUAGAGUACACCGAAGCGUCAUCUUCAACAUAAUUUUAUGAUUUCUCUCAAAUAUAUUUCAGCUCGGUCCGUGUGACGGGCAGGCUGUUGUUUUCGGCAAGCUAAUGUGUGUUUUGACGUGUUUUUGGAGCCGGUCGUUGCUGCGUGGCAGGCUGGUUCCGAGAGUCUCCGAACUGGCCGCUUCAGCUUGUCGCAGCUGAAGAAAAUAGAACCAGUUGCCAAGCCAGCGGUCGGAACCAGCAUUUUGUCUCUCCUGUCGCCACACUUUCCCCAAGGAUUUGAAGUUUCAUUAACGGAGUGGUUGUUCGUACAGACUUCACGUGUUUUGGCUUUUUGACAGUUUUUUUUUUUUUUUUAAUGCGAAUGAUAUAUUUUUUUCUGGGUGGCUAACAGCAACUAGCCGUGUGUGUACACCUCCCGAACUCGACAGCUGUCAUUGGAGAAAAGGAAAGUGAACCCCGCAAAUGCCAGGGAAGCGGCUUCUUUUUGGAUUUACAUCAACUGCUCCUCCGUCAAAUGGGCAAAGUCGGGAAUAACAUUGCAACGCUGGAAUAUCACGAUGAGCGCCGUGCAUUUUUGAGAACUGCGGUCUUGUUUCAUUGGAGAGAAGCUAGCUAGCUCAGUUAGCUUGCUGGCUGGCUAGUUGAUAAAAACGUUUCAUCCCACCCAGUAUUUUGGGACAUGAAGAGGAUAAUUCGCUGUCCAUAGGGCCGGAAGAAUGUCAUCAGAGGAUAAGACUGUGGAGCCCUCUGACCAGGGACCCUCGCCGCCAUCCAGCUGUGCAGGGGCUACAUCCACAGAAAGUCCUGCCCUUGCAGACAAGCGACCCCGUGGCAGGCCACGCAAAGAUGCUGCUGCCAUUCUGCCCCAGGCACCACCCUUAUCGACAUCUAAAAACAGAAAGAAGGGUCGCACCAGAGGGAGGGUUGCUGCUGAUGAGGAGGACAGUAUGGAUGGUACUGAGAUAGCAGAGUCCAUGGACCCACAGGACACAGAAAUGCACAUCCAUCAGGUGGAGACUGUGGAAGUGGUGACCAGUGAGGUGCCAGAGGAGGACAAGUCCUCGUCCCCUCUGGCUCAGAGCCCUCCAGCAGAGAGUUCAGCAUCUGUUCCGUCAAGUAGAGAAAUCAAAAGCAGUGAGCGUCUCUGUGCCUUCUGUUACUGCGGUGGUCGUAGCCUUCUGGGUCAGGGGGAUCUGCAAAUAUUCAGCGUUACGCCUCAGCAUGAAACACUCUUCAGCCAUAAUGGUGAAGGAGGCUUGGCAGGCGAUGGUGACAAAACCGCUCAGCCUGGAGAAGGCACCUCAGGACAGAAGGAAAAGAAUGGGUCUGAAACCUGCCAUGAAGAACCAGAUCCUGCCAGUCGAUUUUGGGAUGAGCUUUCUCAUGUCGGCCUUCCACAAGAUCUUAAAGUCCAGUCUCUCUUCGAGUCAGGGCAAUGUUGGGCACAUCAGAGUUGUGCCUUGUGGUCUGAUGGUGUUUGUGAGGGCGAGGGACAAUCUCUGCUUAAUGUGGACAGAGCCAUUGACUCAGGGAGCACAAAGCACUGUGCAUACUGUAAGCGCCUUGGAGCAUCCAUUAAGUGCUGUGCUGAAGGAUGUGCUCAACUCUACCAUUACCCCUGUGCAGGGGCAGCCGGUACCUUUCAGGAUAUUAGGACUCUCUUACUCCUCUGCCCAGAACAUAUUGAAUUGGCACUUCACAAAUUUGUAGAUGAUGUAAACUGCGUGUUAUGCGAUAGCCCAGGGGACUUACUAGACCAGCUCUUCUGCACCAGUUGUGGGUUGCAUUACCAUGGGAUUUGCCUGGACAUGGCUGUGACCCCUCUAAGAAGGGCAGGUUGGCAGUGCCCUGAGUGCAAAGUCUGCCAGACAUGCAAGAACCCAGGAGAAGACACUAAAAUGCUGGUGUGUGACAUGUGUGACAAAGGUUACCAUACCUUCUGUCUGCAACCUGCUAUGGACUCUCUUCCCACCAAUGGAUGGAGAUGUAUGAACUGCAGAGUAUGCAUCCAGUGUGGGACACGAACCAUUGGACAGUGGCACCACACCAGCCUGCUGUGUGAGAACUGUGUCCAGAACCAGGACCCUGCUCUGUGCUGUCCCAUGUGUUCUUGUAUUCUGGACCCCGAGCAUCACAAAGACUUACUGUUCUGCCAAACUUGUAAGAGAUGGCUACAUCUGGAAUGUGAGCGUCAGAACUCAGGCCAAGGAGAAAUCCACCCCAGGGAGGACUAUGUUUGUUCCAACUGCAGGUCUCCGACCGAAGGGCAGGCGCUACAAGCAGAGGAAAUGGACCUCGGCUCACAACUCAGCCCUCAACCAGCCUCCAUGCACACAGACUCUGAGACUGGCUUACAGCUGGCUCAAAAGCACACAGACCUUGAAGGUGGCUCUCAGCUGCCCUCUGAAAUGCACAACGACCCUAAACCAGAAGUACUUGCUGUCCCAUUGCACUCAGAUCAAGAGCCUCUUCAGGUCUCCAUCCAGGAAGAGAUGUUGGGCAAAUCAGACCAGAAUCCUGAAGCCUCAGGAGGAGCAGACGUUGAUACACAAGUUACCGAACCUGCGGUCAACAAAACUCCAGAUGAUUUGAACCCAGACUCUAAACCUGUAGCUGAAGUCCAGCUCGCUUCCACAGAGAGGCCUACAUCUUCAGCUUCUCCAAGCCAGGAAUCCUGUCCAGCCCAACCGCCUUCAGAGGCAGUACAGACAGAAGAUACCACAUUUCAACUCAAACCAGCAAAUACAGAGGCCUGCCCCAAACAGGGCACGGUCAACCCCAGCACAAAGGAUUUUAAGGCCAUCAUCUCAACAACCAAAGAACCAAGUACUACAUCACUACCUUUCAUUGAACAACCAAUGGAAGUCACAUUAUACCAGCCUUCAGGUAUGGAUGUAGUCAGGGCUUCUUUCCUGGAAACUGCUCCAAAAGACCCCAACAAGGAGAGGAAUGAGGGUAUAUUUCAUAUGACUCUGGCAGAGACUGUUAAGCCUUCACCUUCUUGUACAUCAGAGAAUAUCAGCUCUACACUGGACAGCAAGCCCAAAAUGUCAUUUCCCAGCUUGUCUUCAGAGGAAAAGCCCUUCAAAACUGCUGUGGAAAGAUUAGUUGAAAUGGUUUCUUCUCCUUCUCACUCUUCUUCUCUGGCCAGAGGGACGACUCUCAGAGAACCAGCUCAGACUCAGAUCCUGUCCACUCUAAGUGACCACAGCAGUUUAAUACCAACAACUCCUCUUGUUCCGUUCACACCGAAGAUUGGCAUGGGAAAACCUGCCAUUACCAAGAGGAAAUUCUCUCCAGGGAGACCACGAGUGAAGCAGGGUGCAUGGAGCCCCCAUAGCAGUGUGAGCUCACCCUUGUCCUGGUCACCAGACCAGCCAGAGGGGUGGGACCCAAGGACCAGGCAGUCCUCCGGCAGCCCGGGGUGGAGCAUCAGAGUGGGUCGAGGCUCAGGCUUCCCUGGUAGGAGGAGGCCCAGAGGUGCAGGUCUGUCCGGUCGAGCUGGGCGUGGCAGGGCGAGAGGGAAGAACGGAGUGAGCCCCAUUAUCAACCCUGGGGUCACCACAGUAGAAACACAGUACCCACUCAGAGAGGAGGAAGAGAAUGCAAUGCAUAACACAGUCGUCAUAUUCUCCAGCAACGACAGCUUCACACUAAAACAAGACAUGUGUGUAGUGUGUGGGAGUUUUGGUCUCGGUGCCGAGGGUCGUCUUUUGGCCUGUGCUCAGUGUGGCCAAUGCUACCAUCCAUUCUGUGUUGGCCUAAAGAUCACCAAAGUAGUGCUGAGUAAAGGCUGGCGCUGUCUGGAGUGCACGGUUUGUGAAGCUUGUGGCCAAGCUACAGAUCCUGGUCGCUUGCUGCUGUGUGACGACUGUGACAUCAGUUAUCACACUUACUGUCUGGACCCUCCACUGCAGAAUGUCCCCAAGGACAGCUGGAAGUGCAAGUGGUGUGUGUCCUGUACUCAGUGUGGUGCCACCACUUCAGGACUAAGGUGUGAGUGGCAGAAUAAUUACACUCAGUGUGCUCCCUGCGCCAGCCUUACGUCCUGCCCAGUCUGUCUGUUGGACUACAGUGAAGGCUCCAUCAUUGUGCAGUGUCGCCAGUGUGACAGAUGGUUUCACGCCUCUUGUCAGAAUCUUCACUCAGAGGAAGAUGUAGAAAAAGCUGCAGAGAACAGUUUUGACUGCACAAUGUGCCGAACUUUCAAGACCACUAAAGUUGUAUCCAAGAUUAGAGAAACCACUGAGCCACCAUUUAUGUCACAGACCAUCUCAAGAGUAAAAGAAAUAGAUCUAUCAAGAACCUACACCCAGGACGGUGUUUGUUUGACAGAGUCUGGACUUUGUCAGCUCCAGAGCUUGUCUGCUGCAGCAUCACGACGACGGAAACCCAAACCCAAACUGAAGCUGAAGAUCAUUAACCAGAACAGCGUGGCAGUGCUUCAGGCCCCUGUGGACCCUCUUUCUGAACUCUGUCGAGAUGAAGACAUGGAGGACAACAGAGAGGCGGAGCUCCUUGAUUGUGAGACAAAGUCUGACUCAAGCCUGGAGCGGGAGCCAGUAGAGGAUGACUCCAAGGGGGCCGACGGCAUCAAGAAGAGGAAGAGGAAACCGUACCGGCCGGGCAUUGGUGGGUUCAUGGUUCGCCAGAGGAGCCGUCCAGGCCAAGGUCCUGGCAAGGCUAAGAGAACCCUCUGCAGAAAAGACUCCUCUGGCUCUGUGUCCGAAAAUCCCAUCGGAAAAGAUGAUGGUUGGACAGAGGCACUACCAGAUACUCCUGUGGAUGAGACACCAUCCGGACCUGAGGUUCCAGAGAAGAUAAAGAAACGUUAUCGAAAGAAGAAGACCAAACUGGAGGAAGCAUUCCCCGCCUACCUACAGGAGGCUUUUUUUGGAAAGGCCCUACUGGACAAAAGCAAGCAGGGCAGGCACCAUGGAGUUGAAUCAGGCUUCCUGGAGGACGGACAGGGCCAGAUAGAGAGGAAGCACCCGACCACAAGCUUCCUGGGCACAACAUCAGACCCGCUGCUCAGCGCUGCAGCAUCUGUUCCUACAAGACAUGCAGCAGCACAGCCAACCGAGGAACCAUUAGUUGAUCUAGCUGAUGUUUUGAACUCGGGUGCAGACAUCUUGGGUGUGCUCGGAAAGCCAAGCAGUGACUCUGGUCUUGAUUUUUGCCCCUUCAAGGUUGACACCUCACCACCUUCUUUUGCUGGCCUGGACAUCGGACCCCUGGCAGAAAGCUCCCCAGUAGCACCUCAGGCUGGACGAAGGACACCUCGAACUAUCCCAGAGGAGCCCCUGGACGGUAUUCUCAGCCCAGAGUUGGACAAGAUGGUCACUGAUGAGUCAAUGCUCAGCAAACUUUACAAAAUUCCAGAACUGGAGAGCAAGGAUGUGGAAGAUCUUUUCACAGCAGUUCUUAGCCCAAGUACAAGCCAACCACCUCCACCGCAGGUGCCUCACCCCCAGUGUCCAGGACCUGUCUCUGCCACACCUGGUACUAGCAUGCCUCAUCCCAAUGCAGGACACCUCAUGUUUCCAAGAAUGUCAGUGAUAAAUGGAUUAAGAGGGCCAAGCCAGCGCUUUCCGACAGCUCCAGGAACAGGACCCUGCAUUCCAGAAACAUUUUCUCCUCUUAAUCGUAUGCCUUUUUCUGACAAUCCAAGGGAUAUAAAAUUUAAUCAAAUGCCUAGAGAAGCACUUGGUCCAUGGCCUUCCCCUGCCCAUGGCCCUGCCCCUGCACCCCCUGGAUCUUUGCCUGAGGGAGAGACUGAAGCCAUGUCAAAUGCCCAAAGAAGUACACUCAAGUGGGAAAAGGAGGAGACACUUGGAGAGCUUGCCACUGUUGCACCUGUCCUGUAUACCAAUGUCAAUUUUCCCAACCUCAAAGAAGAGUACCCAGAUUGGUCCACAAGAGUAAAACAAAUUGCUAAACUUUGGAGGAAAGCUAGUUCACAAGACAGGGCUCCAUAUGUGCAAAAGGCAAGAGAUAACCGAGCAGCCUUGCGCAUCAACAAAGUCCAGAUGUCAAAUGAGACGGUGAAGAGGCAUCAUCCACAGCAACAGCCCCCUGAGGUGUUUGAUCCCAACUUACCACUAGACACAGAACUCCUGUUUAAAGACCCUUUGAAACCAAAAGAGUCAGAGCAUGAACAAGAGUGGAAGUUUAGACAGCAAAUGAGGCAGAAAAGCAAACAGCAAGCCAAAAUUGAAGCCACUCAGAAGUUGGAGCAAGUUAAGAAUGAGCAACUUCAGCAACAGCAGCAGCAACAACUGCAACAACAGACAACCAGUCAGUCAGAGGGAGAUGACAAUAACAGUGGUAACCAGAGCCCAGUUUCCCAACCAAGCAAUGACAGUAUGUCCCCAAUGCAGCAGUUCAGCUCGAAAGAAAAUUUUGCCAGGCCGCAGCUACAGGGAACUCCCACGUCGGGUCCUCCAGAGGAUGUGUUCUUACGACCACCUCCUCCCCCACCAUCUGGCCCUUCUUCCCAGCCUCAGUCUCCACAGGUGUUCUCACCAAGUUCUUCUGGGUCGAGACCAUCUUCUCCGUGGGACCCAUAUGCCAAAAUGGUUGGGACCCCAAGACCACCAACUCUAGGACCAAAUGCUUGUCGCAGAAUGUCUGUUGAGUCUGGUAAAUCCCCCACCUCUUUGAUGGAGCAGCAAGACCGAGGGAGGCCCUCUCCAGCACAUGAAUCUUUUGGUUCUCCUACAUCAGUGUGUAGUGACCCUUAUGCCAAACCUCCUGACACACCAAGGCCCACUGGGGAAAUUGACCCCUUUUUGAAGCCCAUGGGUCCUCCCAGGGGUAGUCAGGCUGCUCAAGGAAGAUCGCCAAUGGGCUCUCCUGGUAGAGACCCAUACUCAAGACCAAUGAUAAGAAAUGAUGCCUACCAGCGCAUGGCCCAGAACAGGAUGAUUUUGUCUGACCCUUACUCGAGGCCUUUAAUAGCACCCAUUCCUGGUAGUAAUGAGUCUGGUUCUGUCCCUCUGUUCAAAACACCGAUGCCUCCUCAGGAUCCUUUCAGCCGACCAGGUUUGCAUCCAUCGGAAAGGUUUUCUCAAAAUCAGCUGAAUGACCCAUAUGCACAACCCCCACAUACCCCAAGACCAUCAGGGAAUGAUAAUUUCACCAGUCCUCCUAGAAUGAGUCAGCAUCACCCUCAAGGGCACUCAUUUGUCCAGCCGGGACCAGUAACUCAAAUGUCUAAGAAUCCUUAUGCACUUGCACCUUCCACUCCAAGGCCAGAUCGUUUCACAUACGACCACUUUGGCCAGCCUCCAGGUCCCAACAAGCCAGGUGUUGAUCCUUUCUCUCACCCUACUGGUAAUCAGCGAUUGAUUAAUGAACAUGAAGCUCAACAGCGACCAUUUUUUGAACCCUAUGCUCGACCACCAGGCACUCCACGUCCACAUGACAACUAUGGUCAGCCAUCAAACUCACCUGGUUCUUCCUCUGACCCUUACUCACAGGCUGCUCCUCGUGCAGGUGGGAUGAACCAGUUCUCUCAUAAGUCCCACCCUGGACAACGAAUGUCUCCUUCCCACUCCAUGGACCUAUAUGGCCAGCCAUUAGGUGCUCCUCGACCCUCUCUAGGUGAUAGGUUCACCAAGUCACCAGGGAGCCAGAGGGGCCCAGUGGAGCAAUUUACUAAUACACCUGCAGCUUUAAGGCCAGGGGUUAAUGACAUAUUUUCCCAGCCAGGCCCCUCUAGACCAAUGCUUAAUGAUCCUUAUGCUCAACCACCAGGGACCCCAAGACCUGGUCCUGAUGGUCAUAACAGACCAAUGCCAAGGCCAGGACAAAGUCAGGAUCCUUUCUCCCCACCCCAAGGCAGGCUUCAAGAGCCAUUUCCUCAUCCAGACCCUCACACACCAAAGCACCCUGGUGUUUCAGAAGAUGGAUUCAGUUCGUCACCAACAAGAAGACCCAAUCAGACACCUGGCCAUGACCCAUUUGAACAAGCCCCUAUGACCCCUUGUCCUCAAGCAACAGAGAAAAUGGAGACAAAAGAUCAGACAGCUGUGGGUAACAAUGGAGCCAGCCAUCAGGACCCUACCCAAAUGCCAACCAAUCCACAAAUACCUGCUGCAUCUUCUGAAGCACAGGGAGCUGCUCUUGCUGAGACGGAGGAAAAACUCAGACAGCGACAAAAAAUUAGGGAACUUCUCCAGCAAAGGACUGCAACCCGCCAGGAGAGGGUUCCUCUGGAACCCGCUGGUAACACAACCUCAGGAACACCGCGACCCUGGCCCCUGGAGGGCCCUGGGCAACAAGGGGAAAUGUUCAACAGACCUCCUCCACCUUAUCCAGGACAAGGACCCAUAAGAGGGCCUGUAAGAUAUCCUGGACCUUUUCCAGGUGAUCAGCGUUUCUGCUUCCCUAGUGAAGGACAAAUGCUUCGAGCCCCGCAUCCUGGAGAUCCUAAUUUGAGACAGCAAGGACCAAGGUUUCCAUUUACAGCUAGUGUUUCAGGACUUCAUGGGGCUCAAGAGUUCUUUCACAGGGGUGAGCACACAAUGCAGAAUGUACCUCCUCAAAUGAGACUACCCAUGUCUGCUGAAAUGACAAAAAGCAUGGGAGGAAACCCCAUGGGGCUUCCUCAUCACUUCCCACCACGUGGUAUGCCAAUGCAACAGCACAAUAUAAUGGGCCAGCAAUUCAUUGAGCUGCGACACAGAGCAGCUGAAAACAGGCCACGCUUACAAUUUCCACCUGGUAGCAUUCAAGGAAGCAACAUGGAUCCCAACAUGCAGGGUCAAAGACCUCCAGGCUUUUUACGAGCACCUGAUUCCAGGUUCACUUUAAAUCAGGGUCCCAAAAUGGGAGACCCCUUAGCCAGUCAGACUGGCCACUUACACUUCUCUGCCAGUAUGGACAAUCUUCAUCAGCACACCCAGAUACCAGGGAUCAAUCCAAUCAAACAAUCUCCGCUGAUGAGAUCGAUGAGUCAACCUGCUUCAAAUGAGAUCCAGAACAUGGCAACAUCCAUGAUCCUGUCUGCUCCCCCUGCUGCACAUUCCGAGGCUGCAACUGCAUCGAGCAGUGAAGCUGUAGAAGAGAAAUUAGACGGAGAGGAUUCAGCAGUCAAAGAUCUCGAGGACGUGGAGGUGAAAGACCUGGUAGACUCGGACUUGGAAAAUUUAAACUUGGAUCCUGAAGAUGGCAAAGACCUUGAUCUAGAAACCAAUGAUCUACACCUUGAUGACUUUAUUAAAUGUGGUAAGUUUGACAUAAUUGCUUACACAGACCCUGACUUGGAUGACAUCAAGAAAGACAUGUUUAAUGAGGAACUUGAUCUCAGUGAUCCAAUGGAUGACAAUGCUGAAGCUGUGGAAAUUAACAAAAAUGCCUGCACUGUAACUGAUCCAUCAUCCAGUUCAGCAUCUUCACUGACAAAGUCAGAAGCUACAGGUGAAUGUUCCUCAGCUGAACUCAAGCCAGAAGUCUCUGGGACUCAAUCCUCUGGUUCAUUCGCAUCUGAGCAGGAAAUUAAAACCGAGGUCAAAGACUGUCAGGGGCCCACUGAGGUGGUAAAUCAGCAAGCUUCUGGAAAUGCCCCAAACCAGCAGGGAGUUCUCUCUGACGCCACUCCAGUCUUGUCUAGUUUACUCAUUAAGCAGCAGCCUGAAGAGCAGUCAUUAAAUCCAAUCAUUGGAUCUGUCAACCAAGGAGGUAACCUCAUGGCCCAGCAGAACCAAGUCACAGAGACUCAGCAUACCUCAGCACUUACAGUGAGUCAAACAAUACCUGACACCACCACUGCAGGAGAAGUUUCUAUGGCUGUCUUUGGGGCAGACCAUCAGGUGGUGCUGACCCCUGGAGUGGACCAGAGUGGUCUAAACCAAGUCCAGCAGACAGGGUUGAACACAGCAGCGGGGCAGCAGCAGCGUCCUCUUCUGCUGGAUGAGCAGCCACUUCUGCUGCAGGACCUUCUAGACCAGGAAAGACAGGAGCAACAACAGCAGAGGCAGAUGCAAGCUAUGAUACGCCAGCGUUCCAGUGACACCUUUUUUCCCAACAUCGAUUUUGAUGCCAUCACAGACCCCAUCAUGAAAGCCAAAAUGGUUGCCCUGAAAGGCAUCAAUAAAGUCAUGGUUCAGAACAACAUAGGGAUGACUUCAAUGGUUAUAAACAGAUUUCCCUCUGGUCCUGUACCUCCUUGUCCUGAAAGCACACCUCUCCCUCCACAAGUUGUUGAACCGGAUGGCAAAUUGACACAAGUAGCAAGACCAAAUACUCCAAGCUUUGGACUAGGAUUUGUCAAUAAUCCUCAGAGGGCUCAGUAUGAGGAGUGGCUCCAGGAGACUCAGCACCUACUUCAAGUGCAGCAGAAGAUUCUAGAAGAAAAAAUUGGGGCUCACAGGAAGUCUAAGAAAGCCCUGUCUGCCAAGCAAAGGACUGCUAAAAAGGCAGGCAGAGAGUUUCCUGAGGAGGAUGCUGAGCAGCUCAAACAUGUCACAGAGCAGCAGGGUGUUGUGCAGAAGCAACUGGAGCAGAUCCGCAAGCAACAGAAAGAGCAUGCUGAACUUAUUGAGGAGUACAGAGUGAAACAGCAGCAAAACAACAUGACACCAUUAAUGCCUGGGAUACCAGGCACUCCUGGCAUGAUGCCUGGUGGUCCACCGAUGGUACAGCCACCCAUGAACCCCAUGAUGCAGAUGCCGAUACACCCUGGCCAGCCAAAUGCACCCUCACGUAUGCCCAAUCCCCCACCUGGCUGGCAUCCUGGUGCUUCAAUGCCUAUGGUUGGACCAGGAAUGCCACCAAUAAUGCCUCCUCAGGUACCUGUUGUAAAUUCAGCUCAACCCUUCCAAAUGCCAAUGGGCAAUGUGUCCCAGCACUCUCAAAUGCCUGUGGAGCCCCAACCACCACCCGCUCCACCAGGUGCUGUUAAACCCAUGCAGCCAGCUGGGGUAAAGUUCGAUGACAACAAUCCAUUCAGCGAAGGUUUUCAGGAGCGUGAGAGAAGAGAGAGGCUGCGGGAGCAGCAGGAGAGACAACGAGUGCAGCUAAUGCAGGAAGUUGAACGUCAGAAAGCUCUGAAACAUCGUAUGGAGAUGGAGCAGCAAGGAAUGAUGGCCCCAGAUGGGAGCAUGGCACCACUUGCUCAGAUGCCGUUUUUUAAUUCAGAUCUACCGCAGGACUUCAUGCAGCCUCAGAGGGCCCCUUUACAACAACAGCAACAACUUGGACCAGUGUUCCCCCAACAGCAGGGCAUGCAGCCUGGUAUGGGCUCACCACCUGGAACUUUCAUCCAGGGGGACAGAAGAGCCAUGAUGGGUAAUGGGAUGAUGCAGCCUGACAUGGGGCCCAGUUUAGGGCCUGAUAACGUUGCUCUACAAGGACCUAAUUUUUCUCACGCUCAGGCGAGAUCUCGUCAGUUCAGUGGACCAGGAAUGAUGCCAAAAAUGCCCAGUGAGGGUCCUCCAUUUGGUGGUGAUUCAGCUACACCUCUACCGUCCAACUUUCCAGGCUCGGGUCAGUCGCUCAUACAGCUGUAUUCCAACAUCAUUCCAGAUGAGAAAGGAAAAAAGAAAAGGAACCGCAAAAAGAAGAAAGACGACGAUGCAGAUUCAGUCAAAACACCCUCAACUCCACACUCAGACCUCACAACCCCUCUUACUCCUUGUGUCUCAGACACCUCUUCAACUCCUACUAGAAACCCCCAUCUCUUUGGAGAGCAGGACUUGUCUAGAUCCCCCCUACUUGGAUCUACCACCUCCAGUCAUUCAGAGCUUGAGAGGCAACUUUCUGGAGGGCAGUCUGGACAACUUGGUCUGUCAUCAGAAACAUCAAGAAUGCAGGCUCAGGAGCACGAGAGGAUCCUCAAUAACAUAAAGCUUGAGCAGACUGAUGCCCCUGAAUGCCACGGGCCAACUGAAGGGUCCAUCGGCUCAGAAAUGAGCUUUGUGAAAGAAGAAAGUAACAAAGGGGGCAUGUCUCCAUUUCCCACUGGGCAAAGUCUGAGCAAAGGGGAGGCUGGUAAUGAACUACUGAAACACCUUCUGAAGAACAAGAGUACACCUCCGCCUGGAUUGUCCCAGCAGAGGUCAGAGGAAAGCCUGCGCUUGGAGGAAGAGGAAUCCACAGACUGCAAAACCUUACUGAGGCAAAGCUCCAUAGACAGCAACGGGGCAUAUUCAGAUGGAACCUCUGACUUUCCUGGGCCUCUGAUCUCCGAGCAAGAGAAGAAAAAAGGGAGAAACAAGAGGCCACCAAAAGGAGGGGAGAAACCUGCUUCACGCUACAAGAAGAGGAAGAAAGAAGGAGACGAGAGGCAGCUGAUACACUCAGGCACUGACUCCGUUAUGCACCAAAUCAAACAACAGCUCUCCCUGCUGCCCCUCAUGGAGCCAUUGAUCAGGGUGAACUUUGCCCAUUUUGCUCCCUACGGCAGCGGCCAGCUCAAUGGAGAAAACCUCUUGUCUGGGACUUUCGGCAGCGCCUCGCUAGAUGGAGUUUCAGAUUAUUACUCCCAGCUGGCCUACAAGCAGAGUAACUUGAGCAAUCCUCCAACACCACCGGCAUCUCUUCCUCCCACCCCACCGCCUGUGAAUCGACAGAAAAUGAUCAACGGAUUUGCCACAACAGAAGAGCUGGCCAAUAAAGCUGCUGCCAUGGUUUCCAAAGGCCUAGUGCCAAAGCCGCUACAUGUCCCAUUUAGGGUAGAGGAAGACCUGCUAGCCCGGGCCAUUGCUCAGGGACCCAAAACUGUGGAUGUUCCUGCUUCUCUUCCCACCCCUCCUCACAACAACCAGGAGGAGCUCAGUAACCGAGGACAGGAGGCUUGCAAGGACAGAGAUACACCUGACAGCUUUGUACCGUCUUCGUCUCCUGAGAGCGUCGUCGGCAUGGAGAUCAGUCGCUACCCAGACUUGUCUCUGGUGAAGGAAGAGCCGCCAUCUCCUUGUUUGUCUCCUGUGCUCCCUAUGCUUCCUGCUCCCGAUGGGAAAGGGUCUGAGAUCAAACUACAGAAUAUCAAGACUGAGCCUUCUUCUAUGUUCUUUGGCCCCCCGUCUAAUGAUUCUAAACAAGGGCUGGUUUCUGUAGCUAUUACACUGAGACCAGCUGCAGCUGAGAACAUCACAGGUGUAGUGGCAGCCAUUUCAGACCUACUGUGUGUAAAGAUCCCCAGUAGCUAUGAAGUCAGCAGCACCCUGGACCGUCCCCCACCAUCUAUGGGUCCAAGGAUGCUUCACCAUGGCAUGGAGCCUCGUCCUCCUAUGCUCUUCCACAGACAAGGAGAUGCAGGACUUCAUGGUGGGCCUGGACAAAUGAUCAGGCCCAGUGGACCGCAGGGACUAAUGCAGCAGCAAGCACAUCAUUUCCAUUUCCAAACCUGUAACCCAGGCUCCACUGUAGGUCGAGGACCUGACCAUAAGGCCCCGGCCAACCCUGGAUGUAGACCUCAGUGGUGCUGCCACUGUAAAGUGGUGGUUCUGGGAAACGGAGUCCAGAAAGCCAUCAAAGACCUUCCUGCUCAAAUGAAGGAAUUCAAAAGUCGUUUUAAACCUGAGGAAAACCUGGUCUUCUGUAGUCACAGCUGCUAUCUUCUGUACUGCUCAUCGCCACGGCUGCAAUCCAAACCUACUGAAACAAAGGAAUCAAUGUCUGUCCUGCAGGCCUCAGAGCAAACAGAGAAUUUUUGUAAAACUCAGCACCAGUACAGUAACAACAUGUCCUCACUGGACGUUCACUGCCUCGCCCAGCUUCAGCCCAAACAGUCUCCCCCGUCCACUCCUCCCAUUCCCUUUCCUACAGCGGGUGAUGCGCCCAAGACUGAGGUCAAAUCUGAUGCCCUCAAAGUGACUGUGAAGCUGAAGAGUCGGCCAAGGUCCUACGACGGCUGGCACCAGGGAAAGCGACAGAAAGGACUCCGCUGGAGAAAGUGGACCAUUCAGGUGGUGAUGCCAAGAACAAACUCCCAGCUUCCAGAUGAAAAUCAAAUCGACGAGCUGUUGCAGAGACUCGGUGCGUCCCUCCGCCCUCCGUCUUUACUCAAAGACAAGAGGCGCUGCUGUUUCUGCCACCAGUUUGGAGAUGGGAUCACCGAUGGUCCUGCUAGGUUGCUGAAUCUAGACCUGGACGUGUGGGUUCAUCUAAAUUGCGCUCUGUGGUCUACUGAAGUGUACGAGACCCAAGCCGGUGCCCUCAUCAACGUGGAGCUAGCGCUGCGUCGUGGCCAAACGGUUCGCUGCGCCUACUGCCAGCAGACUGGAGCUACCAGCGGCUGCCACCGCCUGCGCUGUACCAACGUCUACCAUUUCACCUGCGCUCUGCAAGCCCAGUGCACCUUCUUCAAGGACAAGACCAUGCUUUGUCACGCCCACCGGCCCCGAGGAACAGCAGGACAAGCCCUGGAGCACGAGCUGCGCUGCUUUGCCGUGUUCCGACGUGUCUAUGUCCAAAGAGACGAAGUGCGUCAGAUUGCCACGGCUGUGCAGCAGCCUGAGUUGGGUUAUACAUUUCGAGUGGGGAGUCUGGUGUUGCACGCAAUAGGCCAACUAACUCCAGAGCAAAUGUCCGCCUUCCAUUCCUCAACCGCCAUCUUUCCAGUUGGCUACGAGGCCUGUCGCAUCUACUGGAGCAUGCGCCAUGGCAGCCGCCGCUGCCGUUACGUCUGUUCUGUUGAAGACAGAGACGGGCAGCCAGAGUUCAUGAUCCGAGUCGUCGAACAAGGCUACCAAGACCUGGUCCUGACUGAUACCUCUCCUAAAGGAGUUUGGGAAAAAGUGUUGGGUCCAGUUUCAGAGAAAAGAGCUGAAACAGGCACUCUGAGGUUAUUCCCUGUUUAUCUGAAAGGAGAGGAUCUGUUUGGGCUCACAGUUUCUGCAGUCGCCAAGAUCACUGAAUCGCUCCCAGGAGUGGAGGUGUGCGACAGGUACUCGUUCCGUUACGGACGCAACCCUCUUGUGGAGUUGCCUCUCGUGUUCAAUCCAGCUGGUUGUGCCCGAGCAGAGCCAAGAACAAACUCUUCCUACACCACACUGGUGAUAAGGCCUCAACCUCAGGUUGUGUCCAGCAGCAGUGCUAGGUCUAACCAGAAUGUGGCUCCAGGAGAAGGUGGCACUCCUCACAAUAAACCUCCGGUUGUACACCCCAGGUCCUCCCAGUACCGCUGGAUGAAGAGUGAGUGGAGAGUAAAUGUCUAUCUGGCACGCUCACGCAUCCAGGGCCUGGGGCUGUUUGCUGCCAGAGACAUCGAAAAACAAGCCAUGGUGAUCGAGUACAAUGGAACGGUCCUCCGAAAUGAGGUUGCCAUCAGGAAGGAGAAGAUUUAUAGCUCUCAGAACCGAGCCGUGUUCAUGUUCCGCAUCGGCAGCGAACAUGUUGUCGAUGCAACUCGAAGUGGAGGGCUUGCAAGAUAUAUCAAUCACUCUUGUGCUCCUAACUGUGUUGCUGAGGUGGUUACAUUUGAGAGAGGUUACAAAAUUAUCAUCAGCUGCAUACGAAGAGUUGAAAAAGGAGAAGAGCUGUGUUUCGACUAUCAGUUCGACGCCGUCGAGGGUCAACGCAAAAUCAUUUGCCACUGCGGAGCUCCGGAGUGCAGGAAGUGGAUUAACUGAGCAAAACGAGGAGCCUAAACACCAUUCCUUAUUGGAGCGUGUGAAACGUUCUGUGCACGGGGGGAGAGAGAAAACAGGAUCUCACACUGAAGUCGUUUAUAAAGAUAACCCGAAAGGCCUGAUCCUUUUGAGGAAUUAAUAAAACUACGAGUUAACCAGAUCGUGGAAUCAAACCGAGUGGAGGAAGGGAAGACGACCACAGUAGCAGGACGUGACUUGUGCCAUAUGUGAGGGGCUGUGUUGUACGCGGUGCCUCCCGCCGUCUGUAUGUAUCUGCGUGUUUGUUUGGUGUACAUGGGGUGCAGAAUCCACCAGCGAAUGAGAAAGCACUGUGCAGGGUGCGGCCUUAUUGCUUACUAAGGGCAGGCCCUUUUUGUUCUAUACUAAUGUAUACCAUUUGACUAAAUGUAGACAUCACUGAAUGAGGAAUGUACAGCAACAAUAUACCGUGAAGGGAAUAUUAACUUGCACUAAAGAAAAAGAGAGAAAAACAAACAAAAAAAAACAAAAAAACACACCUACACACACACAAACUUUUAAAUACUUGAUUCCAUGAGUCAGUUUUAUCAUAGGUCUCUGUCAUGUGAUUUGUGUGGAAUUCGAGAGGUUUUGUAUUUAUUACUGAGUGAAUGAACUUUAUUCUUAAAAUGACGAGAUUGAGGUAAAGAAGGCUAUUGUUUUUGAAGAUUGAAGAAGACACGCUGUUACUUUUUGUAUAAAUGUACAUAAAGAAAACUAUAGGAAUAA